AUGUCACCAACAGAUUUUGAAUCAUUGCUUGAAAUUAUUAGUCCUCAAAUGGGGAAGGAUAUAACUCAUCUAAGGGAAACGAUUUCACCAAACGUGCGGCUGGCCGUAGCAUUACGUUUUUUGGCUACUGGUGAUUCGUAUACAAGUUUAAUGUAUCUUUUUAAAAUUUCCAGACAAUUAAUAUCUAAUAUACUUCCAGAAGCAUGUGAAGCUAUAGUUGAAGCCCUAAAAUUAUAUGUUCAGAUGCCUAAUACACCAAAUGCAUGGGAAAUAAUAGCAAAUGACUAUAAUGAGUUAUGGAAUCUUCCACAAUGUGUAGGUGCCAUUGACGGUAAACACAUCGUAAUGCAAGCACCUUUUAAUAGUGGCACGGAAUAUUUUAAUUACAAGGGGACAUUUAGUGUUGUACUACUUGCUGCAGUGGACGCACAUUAUUGUUUUAUUUUUGCAAGUGUUGGGUGCCAAGGUAGGAUAUCAGAUGGAGGUGUAUUUAAUAAUUCCAUCUUGCAAAAAAAAAUUUACAAUGAAUCUUUAAACCUACCAUCGCCCAAAGCACUUCCAGGACAACAAGAAAAAUCUCCAUAUGUUUUUGUAUGCGAUGAUGCUUUUCCAUUGAAGGACAAUUUAAUGAAACCUUUUCCCGGGACUCAUUUACGAGGUUCGCCAUAG